AUGUUAGCCCCAGCACUGGACACCCUCGCCGACGACUUUGACGUCGAGUCCGAUAUUGAAACAUAUCUCCUCAUGUCCAUCUUUCUGUUAGCAUACGCCGUGGGGCCUUUCGUUCUUGCUCCGUUGUCUGAGAUGUAUGGUCGCGUCGUCGUGCUUCAGUCCGCCAAUAUGUUUUACUUAAUCUUCAACACCGUCUGCGGCUUUUCGGCAUCAAAGGAACAGAUGUUGGCUUUCAGAUUUCUCAGUGGACUUGGUGGAAGCGCUCCUCAAGCUCUUGGUGGUGGCGUCUUGAGCGAUUGCUGGAGAGCCGAAGAAAGGGGCACGGCGACUGCCAUCUACAGUCUUGCUCCUUUUCUCGGACCCGCUGUCGGGCCUAUUGGUUAG